AUGGAGGGCUUCGUCGUGGGCCUCAUAGGCAUGGGCGACAUGGGCAAGAUGUAUGCUCGGAGGCUCAGCAAAGCCGGCUGGAGUAUCAUGGCUUGCGACACAGAAGAGAAGUACGGUGCCUUACAGGAGGAAUUCGCGGGCAAUAAUAAAGUACAAAUUCUCCGCAACGGACACUUGGUCUCUCGAGCCAGCGACUAUAUCAUUUACAGUGUUGAAGCAGCCGCUAUCGGCCGUGUGGUCGCCCAAUAUGGUCCCUCAACGAAGCAGAACGCGAUCGUAGGUGGCCAGACGUCGUGCAAGGACCCCGAGAUCAAGGCAUUCGAAGAACACCUACCUAGUGACGUGGAUAUUGUCUCGUGUCACUCUCUUCAUGGACCCAACGUUGAUAGUCGUGACCAACCGCUGGUCCUCAUCAAGCACCGAGCGUCGGACGAGUCCUUCACCAAGGUCGAAACGGUGCUCCGGUGCCUCAACUCCAAACACGUGUACCUGACGGCGGCGGAGCACGACCGCAUCACGGCCGACACGCAGGCGGUGACGCACGCGGCGUUCCUGUCCAUGGGCAAGGCGUGGCACGCCAACCGGCAGUUCCCCUGGGAAGGGUCGCGGUACGUGGGCGGGAUCGAGAACGUCAAGAUCAACCUGAUGCUGCGCAUCUACUCGCAGAAGUGGCACGUGUACGCCGGGCUCGCCAUCCUCAACCCCGAGGCCCACCGGCAGAUCAACCAGUUCGCCCGCAGCACGACGGAGCUCUAUUACCUGAUGCUGGAGGGCCGGGCGGACGAGCUGCGCGCCCGCGUCUACGGCGCCAAGGAGAAGGUCUUCGGCGGCGCGGGGGCCGCCGCCAAGUGGGGUGACCGCCCCCUGCUGCGGGGCGGGGUGCUCGACCAGUUCAGCCUGGGCCGGCGCGCCGACGACGCGCCGCAGCCCAACAACCACCUCAGCCUGCUGGCCAUGGUGGACUGCUGGAGCGCGCUGGGCAUUGUGCCCUACGACCACAUGAUCUGCUCGACCCCGCUGUUCCGCCUCUGGCUCGGCGUCGCCGAGCACCUGUUCCGCACGCCGGGCCUGCUCGACGAGUGCCUCCGCGUCGGCAUCGGCGACAACACCUUCCGCCGCGACGACCUGCAGUUCACCAUCGCCGCAUGCGGCUGGGCCGAGUGCGUCUCUCUCCGCCAGUUCGAGACGUGGCGCCAGCGCUUCGCCGUCACGCAGGAGUUCUUUGAGCCGCGAUUUGCUGGGGCCAUCGAGAUGGGCAAUAACAUGAUCAAGGCGGUGCUGGAGAGCUCGGAGGACUGA